CGAUAGCCGGCUAUAAAAUGCCGCUACGGGAAUCGGGCCCAACCAGUCUUAAUCGAAACAAGAAGCUCCAUUUUUUCCUUCCGCGCCUAAAGGAAAGGCCCCGGUGAAUCAGUCGUGAAUUUCUCGAGAUCAUGAAGCUCGUCGUCAGGUUUGCCUUGCUGUGCGUCGCGGUCGCCUUCGUCACCGCCGCAGGUAUCACGGAACAAGAACGACCAAAAACUUUCCGGAGGCUGAUACCCGCUGACGUUCUUCGUGACUUCCCUGGCAUGUGCUUCGCGUCGACCAAGUGCGCGACCAUCGAGCCGACGAAGACGUGGGAGCUGUCGCCGUUCUGCGGCCGUUCUACUUGCGUACCCGCUGAUGACAAUUCCGGACGUCUAUUCGAGUUGGUAGAGGAUUGUGGCCCGCUACCCAAAGCCAAUCCUAAGUGCAAGCUGUCCGAGAAGACCAACAAGACUGCGAGUUUCCCCGAUUGUUGUCCGAUCUUCGAGUGCGAGGAGGGCGUUCAGCUCGAAUAUCCGGAUAUCCCGACCUUGCCACCGCCGACCGGAAUAGAAGCGGAAACCGCAAAUGCGCAGCCGGAGGAGGCACCGAAAGCCUAAAUCGGUAGCGUCCCAGAAGCUACCCCGGGGAAGAAGGUUGCGGUGUAGCCUCCUCAAUGCGAUUAAUCGGACCUGGAUCAUCUUAAAUGUCGAAGAACACUGCCUGAUCUACGAAUAACGUGUCAAACAUUCAUUUGAGAAUCUUCUUUUUCGAGAACACAUCGAAAUAUGAUUGCGUAUAUAUAAAUACAUGAGAUGUAUUUAAAUGAAAUUCCUUGGAUUGUUUCAACAAUGCGGAACUAGUUAAGUCAGCUAUUAUUUAAAGAAAAUGUAAAUUGUCGCAUAAAUAAAUAGCGAACGCUUAACUUUAGGUACCAGACAUCUUUCAUAUCUCGAUUAUCUAUGUAGCUAUACUAAUUGCUCGAUUAUAAAUCAUAGGAUUGUGCAACAUUUAUACCGAUACGAGGCCAUACCGUGAUACCGCUCACCGCCCAACGUGAUCCGAUUCCGUACACAUGAUCCAGAUUAAGCUACUUAAUUAUUGUAUACAAAUUUCAGACCGCGCCUUUGCAAACCACGAGCACGAUAAAAACUUUCGAUGCACUCAAUUUACCCUGAUUUAUUCGUUCUCACAAUUUUAUUGUAAAGCCCUUAUAACUUGUCAUAUGCGCUCGUUAUUAAUUUUUUCUCAUGUUCUAUAACUGCUCGAUCCUUGAGUACGUUUAAUAACAAAAAUAAUUUCCACUCAAAAAAUUACAAAAAAAUAAUACACAAAAAAUAUAAAAAAAUAUCAAAAACUAGUUAUUCUAAGAUUAAGAUGCGGAGUUUAUAAAAGAAAUUCGGCGCAAGUUUAAUUUUUCAAUCAAAACUUGCCGAAAGAGAUGCUACCUUGUGUUAUACUAUUUCAAACCAAUUGCAAGAGCGGUCGAAAAGUUUUAGAUAUUUUCUUAAUGCCUUCUAAUGAUACUUAUAAUCGGUAAUGGCGCACCACUCUUUAGUUAAGUUGACUUAAGCCUUCCUUGGCAUAUGACAAAUUUUUUUUAUAGCAGAGUUUGGCAUAUGUAUUGCAAAUAUGUGUGAUUGUAAUUAUAUGUGAUUAAAUUAAUACUUAUUUAAUUCA